AUGGAGUCUCAAUUGAAUUCAACUAACAUCUACCACUUCAUAUUGGUUUUGGAUCUACAUUAGUAUUUGCAGGAUGGAUAAUCUAUAAAGGUAGUAUUUUUGCUUAAGGAUUUAAAUCAUAAUAUCCUUAAGGAUUGGUUGCAGUAAAUAAUUCAAUUGCUGGAGCCAAUAGUGGAUUUCUUAGUUAUUUUAUCAGAUAGUUCUGAUAGGAAACUAAAAAUUUAGUAGAAUUGCCUAGAGGAGUAGACAGUAGAUUGGUUGUUGUUAAUGCAUCUGCUGAUGAUGCGAAACUAUAGACGGCGUUCAUAUAUGGCUUUGUUGCAGCCCUAUUUUAAAGUGUCUGAACCAAAACAAAACACUCAACUCAAAUUGAUGAUCCAACUGAGGUCAUCCCAGUUUAUUUUGUAAAUUACUAUAUUUAUGAUGUAGAUAUAUUGGUAUCAUCUUAACUGAAUUUUUGAGAUUAAUGCUGGAGCAUUUCUUGAAUUUGGAUUUAAAUAAUUAAGUUAUUAAUAAUUAUAGUUAUUGA